AUGGCUCUAGAGAGCCAGGAAGGGCAUACCGGAUUGGCGUCUUACGUUCUAACAACUCUAGACCAGAUUGCAAACUGGUCGCGCGAGAGCUCCCUAUGGCCCCUGCCCUUUGGCCUCGCCUGUUGCGCUGUUGAAAUGAUGCACCUGUCAGGCCCACGAUACGACCAGGACAGGUUGGGGACUUUUUUCCGAGCCUCGCCGCGCCAAGCCGACGUCCUAAUUGUUGCGGGCACGGUAACCAACAAGAUGGCGCCCGCGCUGCGGCAGAUCUACGACCAGAUGCCUGAGCCGCGCUGGGUCAUCAGCAUGGGCAGCUGCGCAAACGGCGGCGGAUACUACCACUAUAGCUAUAGCGUCGUUCGUGGCUGCGACCGCAUUCUACCCGUCGAUAUAUAUCUGCCCGGUUGCCCCCCGACGGCAGAGGUAUUGAUGUAUGCGAUGCUACAGCUAAGGAGCAAAAUUCGAAACACGAGAAAAUCUCGGAUGUGGUACCGCAAGUAAUAGAUGAUGAAUUUCAAAGCCGAUGUGCCGCGGAAAUACGAUGUCUUCCCAUUUCUAUCCCUCCACAGUAAAGUCAUCACUAAAUCCACCCUCUGCUACCUCGGCCAAACUUGAUCGGUCGGAAGGAUGUGGUCCUUUGGAGAGAAGUUGUGAGAAAUAAAACGUAUCGUGACUUUAUGACUUUGUUAUAUAUACUCUUGGAAAGGAAAGAACCCAGCCAGUCUCACAACGUAUCUUUUUUCGCAUUGUGUCUAACG